CUGCUCCGCCCCGUUCGACAGGCAGCCGCUUCUUCGUGCAGUGCAAGCGCGCCCCCGAGACACGAUGGUGAAGGUCGGAGUGAACGGAUUUGGCCGCAUUGGGCGCCUGGUCACCAGGGCUGCUUUUAACUCUGGCAAAGUGGAUGUUGUCGCCAUCAACGAUCCAUUCAUUGAUCUCCACUACAUGGUCUACAUGUUCCAGUAUGAUUCCACCCACGGCAAGUUCCACGGCACGGUCAAGGCUGAGAACGGGAAGCUGGUCAUCAACGGGAAGGCCAUCACCAUCUUCCAGGAGCGAGAUCCCGCCAACAUCAAGUGGGGUGAUGCUGGUGCCGAGUACGUUGUGGAGUCCACUGGCGUCUUCACCACCAUGGAGAAGGCCGGGGCUCAUUUGAAGGGCGGAGCCAAAAGGGUCAUUAUCUCCGCCCCCUCCGCCGAUGCCCCCAUGUUUGUGAUGGGCGUGAACCACGAGAAGUAUGACAACUCCCUCAAGAUUGUCAGCAACGCGUCCUGCACCACCAACUGCUGAGCCCCCCUGGCCAAAGUCAUCCACGACCACUUCGGCAUCGUGGAGGGGCUCAU